AUGGGUUUUCUUCAAAGCUUGUGUAACAGAAGUACGAGACAUAUUUUGUCGAAUUUGAGGCUGUUUCUCUUGCUCUCGCCGCUCCUCGUCCCGAGCUACUCUGGUGCAGCCACCAAAGCCGUAGAUGAGAGGAACGUGUUCAAAGUGGGCGUGAUUCUUGAUUUGGACUCACGUCUCAGCGACCAAAUGCGUAUGGCAGUUGAGAUAGCGAGCCAAGAUGUGAACAGCAUCUCAUCAUCCGGAAGUCAUUACAUAAAGCCAUAUUACGUAAACUCCCACGCGAAGCCCCUUCGAGCAAUUUCGGCUGAGGAGCUUGGAAAAAUCGGCUCAGCAAUAGAGGACGAGCUGAUUCUUGAAGCAUUAUCAUCUCCAAAUGGAGAAGUGAUUGUCGUCGCCCAGAAGCACUCAUUUCUCAAAGCAGCAAAGAAGAUGGGACUCUUCUAUGGAGAUUCAAUUUGGAUAUUUGCUGAAAAACCAUUUGCCAACCUCUUAAUUUCAGCAGAACAAUCAGCAAUCUCCUCCACUGUUGAAGGCGCCAUAGGAGUAAUUACCUACCGUCCCAAUAACCAGGCAUAUAGAGAAUUCAGAUCCAAAUUCUUGAAUAUGUUCCAUCACAAGUAUGGAGAAAACUUCAAUUUUGAGCCAGAUAUCGAUGCUGUACGAGCAUACGAUUGCAUUCUGGCCAUUAAAAAUGCGAUAGAUGCAGUGCCAAGCCAUGAUAUUAUACCUGAGUUUUUCCUUAAUAGAAUAUCGCGAACUAGACUCACAGGUUUAAGUGGGCUGAUACGAUUUGAGAAAGGUCAGUUGGCACAUCAACCCGCAUUCCAACUUGUAAGUGUUAAUGGAAAUGAAUAUAGAGAGCUUAAGCUUUGGUCUCCCAAUUUCGGUUUCUCAAGGAGUUUCAUAGCAAAGCAAAGUUCAAGAAGAAAUGGGUACGCAAUUGCAGACAAAUUGAAGACCGAAGAAGGACAGACUUCUGGUGAGAACAAGCGAUUGGUGGUCGGAGUUCCCAGUAAAAGUCCCUUUGAUAAGUUUGUGAAGGAGGAUAUGGACGACACAACCGGGAAAGCAAACUACAUUGGCUUUUGCAUAGAUGUUUUCGAGAAGGUUGUUUCUCGCUUUCCUGAUCGUUUGAACUAUGAGUUUUCUCAUCAUGAUGGAACAUAUCAGGACUUGAUUAACAAAGUUCGUGAUAAGACCUACGACGCUGCAGUUGGUGACAUAACUAUUCUGGCCAAUCGCUCCCAGUAUGUCGAGUUCACACAGCCGUUUAUAGCAUCAGACCUUUCAAUGAUAGUCCCAGCAAAACCGGACCCGGACAGGGCAUUGAUCUUUAUGGAGCCUUUCACUCCAACAAUGUGGAUUGCCUCUGGAGGCAUUCUCGUGUACACAAUGUUGGUAGUUUGGUUCUUGGAGCGUCCAAUCAAUCCGGAAUUUAAAGGCCCUUUGCCAAAUCAACUCUCGACUGCUGCUUGGUUCACUUUCUCCUCUCUCUUCUUUGCUCAUAGGGAGAGAGUGCACCGGAACUUUACUCGGAUCGUGCUGGUGAUUUGGUUCUUUGUAGCAUUGAUCUUGACACAGAGUUACACGGCAGGCCUCACCUCAUUGCUCACUCUCCAGCAGCUCAAACCGACUGUGACCACCAUGGAGUGGCUGAGAAUUUCUAAAGCAAGAGUGGGUUGUGACCCUGAAGCUUUCAUUUGUGACUAUCUGACUAACACGCUAAACUUCUCGAAGGAAGUCAUUGUCGGCAUAAGCAACACUUCCAGCUAUGGAGAUGAAUUCAGAAGAGGCAACAUUGCCGCUCUUUUUCUGGAAUACCCAUAUGAGCGAGCUUUCUUCACUGAGUAUUGCGAUGGAUAUGUUGCCACUCGUGAAAACUACAGCUUUGGCGGUUUUGGCUUUGUGUUCCCAAAAGGCUCUUCAUUAGCUGCAAACUUCUCUCAGGCCAUUUUGGAGCUUUCAGAGAGCGGUGAGAUGAAAAGAUUAGAGAACCAGUGGUUCAGUCCAAAGUGUACCUUGAGGAACUUGAGCAACGACACACCGAGGUUGGGUCUUAACAGCUUCUGGGCACUCUAUGCUGUCACCAUCGCCACUUCCACAGGUUGCUUCCUCUUUGCGUGUCUCUGCAAGAGAAGGAACGGUCAGGAUCAUGAACAAGGAAGCACUGAUGAUGACAUGAGCGUGACGGAGCUGAGUAUUUUGUAGUGUAAAUCAAUGUA